AUGUCGCAGGAGGGCGACCAGUUCGAGGUCGAGGUCAAGGUCGCCAAGAUGAGCGAGCUCGUCAAGACCAUGAUCCCCGAGGAGGCCGACGAGGAGGAGGAGGCCCAGGAGAUCCCCCUGCCCAACGUCAAGAGCCACGUGCUCGCCAAGGUCAUCGAGUUCUGCCGCCGCUACGCCGAGGAGCCCAUGUCCGAGAUCGAGAAGCCGCUCAAGUCCGCGAACAUGCACGAGGUCGUCCAGGAGUGGUACGCCAACUACGUCGACGUCGACCAGGAGCUCCUCUUCGAGCUCAUCCUCGCCGCCAACUACAUGGACAUCAAGCCGCUCCUCGACCUCACGUGCGCGACCGUCGCGUCGAUGAUCAAGGGCAAGACGCCCGAGGAGAUCCGCAAGACCUUCAACAUCGUCAACGACUUCACGCCCGAGGAGGAGGCCCAGGUCCGCGAGGAGAACAAGUGGUGCGAGGAGGCCUAG